AUGGCGCCUCUCGGUGCUCUUGCCGUCAGCCUUGCUGCCCCAAUUGGGCUUCCGCCCAAGUGUGUCGGUGACUCGCUUUUGCUGGGGAAGACUCCGUCGGCUCCCCUCAGGCUAACAAGCUCCGCUCCCGCCGCACUCCGCCCUCCGACGCGUCUCCCCCUGAAGCUCCAUUCGCGCCCCCCCGCCACGUCAUGUUCCGCCGGAGGAGCUGGGCGAAGUGCCGCGGCAGGGGCGAGCCGGAGCGCCGGUGCCGCCGGGAGCACCGCUAGCAGCGCGGGUGACACGCACCGCAGCUGCAGCGACAGCAGCAACAGCGGUGGCGGCAACGGCGGCAACAGUCGCGACAGCGGGUCGUCGUCGUCGUCGUCGUCGUCGUCGUCGGUGCCGUCGCCGUUCGCGUUCGUGGGGUUGGACUACUACCAGAUCCUCGGCGUGCCCGUCGGCGCGCCCCCCGCCGACAUCCGCCGCGCAUACCGCGCGCUGCAGAAGAAGUACCACCCCGACAUCGCGGGCGCUCAGACGCACGAGAUGGCGCUGAAGCUGAACGAGGCGUACGACACGCUCAUGGACGACACGCGCCGCGCGUCGUACGAGAAAGAGUGGCGCGACGCGGCCGUGGCGGGAUACGUGGGGUUCACGGGGCAGCCGCGCAGCGCGUGGGCUGCCCCGGAGGGGCAGCAGCAGGCGAUCUUCGUCGACGAGGCUGCUUGCAUCGGCUGUCGCGAGUGCGCCUUCGCCGCCAGCCGCACGUUCCACUUUGACCCCGAGGCCGCCGUGGCGCGCGUGCACACACAGUGGGGCGACGCGCUGCCCGCCGUCCAAUCAGCCAUUGACAGCUGCCCCGUCAGCUGCAUCCACACGGUGACACGUGGCGACCUGCCCAUCCUCGAGUUCCUCGUGCAGCCGCGGGAGAGGGAGAGCAAGGGCAUCUUUGGGGGCGGCUGGGAGCCCGGGCACCCGAUCAAUAUUUUCGCUGCUGCCCGAGAGUUCAAGCGCAAGCUAGAGAGCCAGCAGGAGGGGGCAGAGCGCCGGCGGGCAGCCACGUCAGCAGCAGAGCAGGAGACGCCAGCUCAGCGUGCUGCCCGUCAGGAGGCGGACGCGAGGAUGAACGGAUUGGGUGGCGGGUUUUGGCAGAAGUGGGCGCAGGCAUGGGGGGCGUGGGGGGGACCAGGGGGGGAGGCAGGCGCGGAUGCGGGGGAGGGCAGCUCUCAGUGGGCCAGGGCGAAUGCAACUAGCAGCACUGCCGGCAGCAGCGAGGGUAACAGUGAGGGUAGCCGUGACGGUGGGAGGCAGACAGGUGGGGGGAGGGGGGAGGAAGGAGGAAAAGGGGGAGGAGGAGGUGGAGGGGGAAAGGGAGGAGGAAAGAAGGGGGGUUGGUUCCCGUGGCAUGCAAUGCUGGGCACAGCAGCAUCCUCGGAGAUUCUCAGGCAGCCAGCGGGGGAGGGCGACAAAGAGGAGCUCAUAGCAUUCGUCCAGCAGUGGGCCACGCUCUGGUCUUUUUCCUCCGAGCUGCCCCUUCCUCUGCCCGUGCGCGUGGACAACCAAUCGGACGGCACCGAGCUGACGCUGAUCACCAUGCGCGGCGAUCUCCUCACGUCCGUCGGAUCAUUCGUCAUCACUGUGGAGCCGUUGGAUGCUGAUGCUCGUGGUGAAACUACUAGUGAUGGUGGUGAUAGUGGUGAUGUUGGGGAGGAGGGGGAGUGGGUGGUGGUGGUGAGGAGAAAGGGGGCUGUAGACAACAAAGCGUCGGCGAUCCUCUCCGUCCACUCACUGUCCUCCGCUCCUUUCACGCGCCUCGAGGCGACUGGCAUGCUCUCGCGCCUCCCCGCGCUCCUCUCGUUCCUCUUCCGCUGCGCGCGCGCCGUCCUCCUCCUCUUCCUCGUGCUGCUGUCCGACGCGCUCGGCUUUCCGCCCGCCACCCGGGUCGCGGUCACCUUGUUGACAGGAGACACAGCAGUCACUCAUUCCACCUCGCUGACGGCCAUGGCGCAUCGCCUCUGCGGCCGAUGUGUCUCCUCCACCGCCUCCGCCUUCCCCGCCACCAAAUCUGCCGCUUUCCCCGCCGCAACUCACGCUCUCCACUCACACCUCUCCACCGCCACGAGCGGGAGCAGCCCCUUCGCGCAUCGUUCCUCACCCCCCGCGCCGGUGCUCCGUAGGUGUCGCCCGACAGCCAAUUACCCGCCGCCACGUGGCGCCAAGGCGUGGUGGUACCAGCCGUGGCUGGCGCAUUCCGCCGUUACCGGCGCGCGCAGGCUGCUCCCCGCCGCGGGGGGAGGGGGAGGCCCGGGGGGAGCAGGCGCGGGGGGGAGGCGUUACGUGGGGACGGUUCCGCCCGCAGCUGGCGGGAGGGCAGUGGGCGUGACGAGAUGCGAGGGGGGAGGCGGCAUGUACACGUGGCCUGAUCCGACGGUCAAGGCCGCGAGUGUGUGUACUGGGCGGCGGGUUCGGGGGCCUGUAUGCGGCGCUGCGGCUGGACUCGCUGCUGUGGAGCGACGAGCGCCGAUUCCCCCAUCCUUUCCCCUUGUCUCCCGUCUCCCCCCCACACUCCCUCCAAUACAGAGGCCGCGCGUGUGCGUGCUGGGCGGCGGGUUCGGGGGCCUGUAUGCGGCGCUGCGGCUGGAAUCGCUGCUGUGGAGCGACGAGCGCCGCCCACAGGUGCUGCUCGUGGACCAAUCAGAGCGCUUCGUGUUCAAACCGCUGCUCUACGAGCUGCUCUCGCAAGACGUCACGGUGUGGGAGAUAGCACCCAAGUUCUCGGACCUCCUCAGAAGCACGCAAGUGGCGUUCCUGCAGGACGGCGUGCAGGCAGUGCACGUGAUUAAGGGUGGGGCAGCUGAUGUGGCAGGAGAUAAAGGUGGACGCGUGCGAUUGGCUUCUGGAGUGGAGGUGGAAUACGAUUGGCUGGUGUUGGCGUUGGGAGCGCAGACCAACAUGGCCUUCGCACCAGGCGCCAAGGGGCGAGCUCUGCCCUUCAGCACCCUGGACGACGCUCUGGCAGUGGAUCGCCGUUUGCUGCUGCUGGAGAAGCGAUGGGAGGCGGCCAAGGAGGCAGGCGAGGACCCACCCCCGAUCCGAGUGGUGGUGGUGGGGGCGGGCUAUGCGGGGGUGGAGCUGGCAUGCACGGUGGGGGAGCGCCUGGGCAGCAAGGGCAGCAUUGAGAUUGUUGACCCGGCUGCUGCUGUGUGCCCCGCUGCUGCUCCCGGCAACAGGCGCGCUGCAGAGAGGGCGCUCAAGGAGAGGGGAGUGCAUCUGCGCCUGGGCACCAAGGUCACACGCAUGGCUGAUGCCACUCACUCCUCCUCCCCCUCAUCCUCCUCCUCCCCCUCAUCCUCCUCCUCCUCAUCAUCAUCAUCCUCAUCAUCCUCAUCAUCCUCAUCCCCCCCUUCGGACUCAGACCCAUCGCCCUUUGCCGUGCCAGCCGCGCGCCUCUUCCUCCAGUCAGCAUCACCCGGCAGCGCUGGGAGUGAGAGUGAGAGGGAGAGUGAAAUGGAGGCGGAUGUUGUUCUCUGGACCGUCGGCAGCUCGCCUGUUCUCCCAGCCUCUGUUUCAGAAGAAGCUUUAUUAGAAACAUCAGGAGGAGCAGGAGGGGAGGGGGGAGCGGGAGGAGCGGGGGGAGCGGGAGGAGCGGGGGGAGCGGGAGGAGCGGGGGGAGCGGGAGGGGAGGGGGCGGUGCAGUGGUUGAGGAGGACAGCGAGGGGGCAGGCGGAUGUGGAGGAGAGUCUGAGAGUGAAGGGGCUCACCAGGGUCUUUGCCCUCGGGGAUGCAGCAUGCGUGCCGGACGGCAACGGGCGCCCACUGCCGGCUACGGCUCAGGUGGCAUUCCAACAGGCGGACUACGUGGGGUGGAACAUCUGGGCUGCCAUCAACAACCGCCCCCUGCUUCCCUUCAGGUACCAGCAUUUGGGCGAGUUGGUGCUGCUGGGAUCCAAGGAUGCAGCAGCAUCCGUGGGCUUCAUUGAUGACUUUCUCAUUGAGGGGCGAGCGGCGCACACAGCGCGCAAGCUAGCAUACCUGUACCGGUUGCCAACCAAUGAGCACAGGGCACGUGUUGGGGUGAGCUGGCUGACACGUGCCAUUGUGGACGGAAUCUCAGAGGCGCAGAACCUCCUGGCAGUUGCCACCAAGGGUCAAGGGGACAAGAAAUGA